UAAUGAUGCUAUUGCAUCUGAAUCUUUACCGGAAACCGAGACCAGGGUAAGUAUAUCUACUGAAUCUCACGUUUCCGAUUCAUCUAAAGCUAAGGUAAAUGUAGUAACUAAAAAGGUUUCACCAGAAAAUCAGAUAAGUGUAUCGGCAUCUCCACCGCAUGAGAAUAAAACUCUACCUCCAAUUUCUGUCUUACCCGAUGAUCCCCAAGAGAAACAAAAACAUGUUAUCGAAAUGUCAUUGGAAUGGUUUCCAGUUUUAUCUUUGAAAUAUAAGGGUCUAUGGGGUAGUGGAGAUUAUGUCAAUACAAGCACAUUGCCUCAGAUGCUGGGGAAAUAA